GCUUGCAAUAUCAUCGCGGAUAUUUUUAUUUAUUUACAUUGUGUGGUACUCUAUGGAUUGGAAUGGAUUUAUUUAUAACAAAAUAUAAAAAUCGAGUUGUAUAUAAAACAACACAAAGUAAAAUUUAGUGUUUUGUGAAAAUUUCUAAUAAAGGAAGAGAUGCUUUUCUUCUUGUUCAAGCGUUUAACGCUCCAGUGAUUUUAUUCGCAAAGAUUUCUUUUGUAUUUUUCAAGAAUUAUACUUAAAAACGUUAAUUGUUCUUUUGCAUCCAAGUGAAAUUUGUGAUUUUUUUCGCUGAUCUGUGCAAAUUUUGGAUUUAGAAUUUUUCGCCUGUAUUGGAAAUUGUAGCCGAGGAUGACAAAUUUCCACUUGCAUAUAAACAUUGUAUACUCAAAACAAGAGUGAAGAACAAGUGUACCACAAUGUGUCGAACAAUAUCAAUUAUAUAAUGAAAAUGAAUAACAAUGAAAACAUACAAUGGUAAAUGAUGAUCGUCAACGGAUAAAACUGCCAUUCACACCAAAGUGAUUUCGUUGUAAUGUUCGAAAAAUCAUAAAAAUCAUUUAUUGUUCUUAAGAGAACAUCGAUAUCAACGGAAAUAUUUAAUUUAUACAACGAAUUUACCCAAAACAACAAAAAUAAAAAUAAACAAAACCUAAACCAUCAUGAAGCAAGUAAUUACAUUUUUAAUCGACACCACGACGCACAAUUGUCACAGUGAGAAAUUUCCACGACCAUCAAAAUCAAAGCCAUACAAGAAAGUUCGAUUAAAAUGCCAAAGCGUGGAUAAACACCAUUUUAUCUCGUACUUUUAUCUUACUUUAUUAAUAGUCAUUAGUUGUUGUGUUAAGAAUGCAUGGUGUAAUCGACCUCCGAAAUUUUUAAUUGAAGGUCAAACGGAAAUCGUACUCAGGUUGAAGGAAGGCGACGAGACACCAGUCGGAUCAUUGAUCUACAAACUGAAAGGUUUCGAUCCCGACGGAGACACACUGUCCUUCGGUGCAAGGCAUUCAUUUGACAGUGAUAUUUUAAAGAUAGAAAAUUCCGGUAACAAUGAGGCCAAUAUUUACCUCAACAAAGAGCUAGAUAGGGAGAUUAAGGACGAAUAUUCGAUCGUAUUAACGCUAACGGAUAAUCGACUGGGAGAUGGGAAUUUCGUUACUCAAAGUCUACUGUUACUUGUGGAAGAUAUCAAUGACAACGAACCGAUAUUCAAACCGUACCAAUCGGCUUUGGAAGUACCAGAAAAUAGUCGACCGGGAGUUGUGACGACGGUUGAAGCGACCGAUCGAGACGAGGGAGCAUACGGACAAGUGGUGUACUACUUGCAAGAGCUUGAAGGCGACAAUGAUGUGUUUACCAUACAGACACACCAUGGUAAAGGUAUCAUUCGGCUGGUAAAAAAUUUGGACUACGAGACGAAAAGUCUUUAUCAAUUGAGAGUUCUUGCCGUCGAUAGAGCGAACCAGGGGCCAGUGAAUACUGGUACAGCGGCAAUAUUGGUGAAAGUACGUGACGUCGAAGAUACCCCUCCAGUUUUCUCUGCUGUGAAUCCAGUUACCAGAAUUUCAGAGGAUGCGCCAAUCGGAACAACCAUCCUUCAAAUAAAAGCACAUGAUGGUGACCGUGGCAUAAAUAAUCCAAUUCAUUAUUCCAUUUUGUCGGGAGGCAAUGAUUUGUUUGCAAUAAAUGAAAAAACGGGUGUUGUAUUCACUAGGAAAACGUUGGAUCGAGAAGAUUCACGAAAUCAGGAAAACGGAGCUUACAUUCUGGAAAUACAAGCGACGGAGAUAUCUAAAAUGAAGCCCCCGCCAUCCAUUUCGACCGAAAUCACCAUCAUACUGACGGAUGUGAACGAUGAAACGCCCACGUUUCACAGCUCUGCCUACGAAGCGGAAAUACGCGAAAAUGCUCAAGAGAACACUCCGAUAACUUUUCUGGGCGACAACAAAAAUUGGGUGUUCGACUUUGACCAGGGUAACAAUGGAACGUUUGAAUUGUUUUUCGAUGCAGACGAUCACAUAUUCGAAGUGACACCCAAACGUGCCAUCAAUGAAGCCUCAUUUCUGAUUCGCGUCCGGGACAAUCGUAAAUUGGAUUAUGAACUGAUCCAGCAAAUGAAUUACACAUUGAUUGCUAGGGAGGUGGUGAAAGAUGGAAAAUGGAGUGCUGUGCCGAUACGGAUUUUUAUUCGAGAUAGCAACGACAAUUUUCCAGAAUUCGAGGAACAAUAUUAUGAAUUUGGAGUACUAGAGAACAGUGGUGUAGGAACCGUUCUCGGAAAAGUUCAUGCAACGGACAGGGAUUCGGAAAAUUAUGGUUCUGAUGGUAUACGUUACACUCAUCUCGGUGGCAGCAUAUCGAAUCUACUAAACUUGGAUCCACUUACGGGCGUUAUCACGGUUAAAUCAUCCGGCGAGCACGAGUUCGACAGAGAACUUAUAUCGACGCAUUAUUUAACUGUGGAAGCACGAGACAAUUUGGGCAAAGGCAACCGCAACACUGUUCAAUUGAUUCUGGUCAUCAAAGACGUAAACGACAAUCCGCCAAUAUUUUUGGAAUCGCAGUACGAGGCCAAAUUGCUUGAAAAUAAAAUGAAUUUCGAGACGCCGUUAAUUGUAAAGGCGAAAGAUGCGGAUAUGGCUGGCACACGUAACAGUGACAUCGUCUAUGAAAUCAUAGAUGGUGAAUUUAAAAUGAAUUUCACGAUCAACCGGAAAACCGGAGCUCUAUCUCCACUGUAUCCGAUGGAUUAUGAAGCGUUGAAAAUACCGAAAGAGAAAUCGAUUAACAUUCAGCCGAUCGGAUUGACAGUAGUGGCCCGAGAUCUUGGUGUACCGAGUAUGGCCACAAAAACUUCGGUCGUCAUUUACCUCCACGAUGUGAACGAUCAUGUGCCGCAAUUUAAAAAGGAUUUCUACGAAAUAGCAAUACCGGAAAAUCUGCCGAGUGGAAGUUUUGUAUUGAGAGUGUCGGCGAUCGAUCGGGACGGAUCGUCGCCCAAUAAUCUUGUAGUUUACCGUAUCCAAAGUGGUGCAGCGGAUAAAUUCGUCAUCAGUGCAGACACUGGUGUCAUUUCAGUUGCUGUCGGCGCUAGUUUAGAUCCGGAUUUAACCGUACCAAAAACCCUUGAUUAUUCACUGGUUGUGCUUGCUCUCGAUGGUGGUCUUGGCGAUCAGCAACAAAUGUCUGCUACUAUCGUCAACAUUACAAUCAACGAUGUUAACAAUAAGGUUCCACAAUUCGAGGAGCCGAAGAAGAUUGUGCUGAUUGAAAAUACGCCCGUUGGAUCGUUCGUUUAUCAAUUAGUAGCGCAUGAUCUGGAUGCGAAUCCAAAGCUACGGUACUAUCUGGAUCCAAAUGUGUCGGAGGCUAGAUCAGAGGAAGGUGUGCUGAUAAAGUCGAGUGAAUAUGACUUUGUCAAUGCAUUCGAACUGAAUCCCAUCGAUGGAACAAUUACGGUUGUUAAGCUGAUCGAUCGCGAAAAGGUGGAACAAAUAAAAUUGGGAGUGGCUGUUGAGGAUACGGCCGCUAUAAACGAUAAGCAGGUGGCAACAGCAUUCCUGACAAUAAUAAUCGAAGACGAAAAUGACAACAAUCCGAAAUUCCGAAAACCAUUCUACAAGCGAUCCAUUACUGAAAACAGUCCCACCGGCAUUGCGAUUCUGAACAUAGCCGCUUAUGACAUCGACAAGAACAGAACGAUCAAAUACGCGUUGGAGGGACCGGAAAGUAUUUUCAAUCUGGUCCAAAUCGAUACAGAAUCGGGCGAAAUAGUUGUGUCCGGUAAGAUUGAUCAUGAGGUGCAUCAAUGGUUAAACUAUACAGUUCGGGCCAUCGAUUCGGGUAUACCGGCAAGAUCGUCUUUGGUUGAUGUGUUCAUUCGUGUUAUUGACGAGAACGACAACAAUCCGUAUUUCAUCAGCGAUGCUUCGACCAAUUUAACAGUUUAUGAAAACUCACCAAUCGGUACCCGAAUUUCCAUGAUUCAGGCCAAUGACGCCGAUUCAGGAGACUUUGGAAAGAUAACAUUUCUGAUCGAUAAAAUGAGUUCGCACGGCAAGUUUAUGAUUGACGCUGACACUGGUGUCUUGAUGGUUGCCGACGAGAUCGAUCGAGAGGAGAAAAGUUCUUACAUGGUGGUCAUUGAAGUGUGGGACAAUUAUCAGUUCGGUUAUUUAAGCGGUGAAAGCCGGAACGCUUUCAAGCAAUUUUUCAUCAACAUCCUGGAUGAAAACGAUUCUCCGCCGGUUUUAAAUAUCCCGAAAACCGUUGUCUCCAUAUCCGAGUAUCACGAUCUACUCGAUACAAUACUACACAUCAAAGCCUAUGACGCCGAUGAUCCCUUGACUUUAAAUGGAAAGGUUGAAUUAAGUAUUUCCGCCGGUAGUGGAAGAGACUACUUCAACUUAAUACAGAGCGAUCCGUGGAAUGGUGAUUUGUUCGCCAAAGGAUCCCUGCAGAACUACUACGGAAACUAUACGCUGAAAAUUCAAGCAAAAGACUUAGGAUCACCUCAGAAUACUGUGGAAGAGACAGUGUUCAUAACCGUUCUCGAUUUCAACGAUCAUGCACCGUAUUUUAUCGCACCGACGAGCAAUGUUACUAUUCGUGUACCAGAGAAUGCAACUGUUGGCACAUCCGUAAUCCAAGUCAAAGCAAUCGACAACGAUGUGGGCCCGAAUGCAGCUGUUUUGUAUCGCUUGAAGCAAGAUACGGUUGGGAAUUACCGGUCCUUUGCCAUUGAUCAAGUGAGCGGGAUAAUAACCGUUAAGCAACCGCUGGACAGAGAACGACAGAAAAUUUAUGAUAUUCGUGUUGAAGCCUAUGACCAGGGAAUACCACCACUUAGUACCGACUUGGAUCUUACGAUCUAUGUUCGCAAUGUUAACGACUAUGAGCCACAGUUUUUGAUUGACGAAAUACGAGUAAAUUUCACUGAACACACACCGCCGGGUAUCGAAAAAAUUAAGCUUCCAGACACCGUUGACCGCGAUGAAGUGGAUGAACUGGACGAUCCACCAAGCGUUGUUUGCUACUUCAUUGUUUAUGGAAAUUCGGACGAAAUGUUCCACUUGGAGCCUGAAUCUCACAUUUUGACGGUCCUAAAAGAACUGGAUCGUGAAGUGAUGCCGAAUCACACCCUCAUUGUGAAGGCUACCGAAAAUUGUACCAACAAGCCCAAUAAGAUUACACUGCCUAAAUCGUCGCCACUAAGUCGAUCGUAUCAUUCAGCCUUAACUAGAACAAAUACGCAAACGAAGUACUUGGACUGGUUCAAUCGUUACAAGCAUUCGCGAAGUUUACGUAGCACAUCCGACGAGAGUGCUUCCGACGACGCAUUUUUACACGACGCCGACGAGCGUGGUGAUCAUGUUGAGUUCCAAAGUUUAGUCAGCGGAGUGUUGAAUGAUGAUAGCACGUUGGUCCAAAUUGUCGUUCAAGUGGAAGAUAUUAAUGACAAUGCUCCGGAAUUUGUGAACAAAAUUUUCACCGGCGGUGUAACCACUGCAGCCGACUUUGGAACCAAAAUAAUGUCGAUAAAAGCAAUUGAUCGCGAUGACGGAAUCAAUGCCAAAAUAUCCUAUUUUCAAAUCGGUGAAAUACAUCGUACGCUGACGGAAGGACUGGAUCAGUUGAGUCGGCCGCCAUUUUUGGUAGAUCGUCGAACGGGUGGAGUCAUACUCAACUUCGAUCCGCAGAAGGGAAUGAAGGGAUACUUUGACUUUAUGGUACUCGCUAACGACACCGACGGAUAUCAGGAUUCCGCUCAUGUUUUCAUUUAUUUGCUGCGAGAAGAUCAACGAGUUAGAUUUGUACUUCGACAGCAACCAGUUCAGGUUCGAGAUCAAAUCCAACUGUUCAGAGAGACGUUGAGCAACGUAACGGAUGCAAUCGUUAACGUUGACGAUUUCAAGGUACACGAAAAUAAGGACGGGUCUGUGGAUAAGACAAAGACCGACCUGUACAUGCAUUUAGUAGAUAGAAAGGACAAUUCCAUUUUCGAGGUGGAUGAGGUACUGAGACUAAUCGAUCAAAAUAUCGAAAAAUUGGAUUAUCUGUUUAAGGAAUUUAAUGUGUUGGAUACUCAACCGUCAGAAGCGUUACUCUUGACCAGCGAUGUCGUUCAGGGACAUAUUGUCCUAUGGCUGGUUUUUGCCAACAUUUUCGUAUCGACAUUGUUGGUUGUGGUGAUAUCGUUGUGCUUCUCACAAAGAAAAACUUACAAACGGGAACUGAGAGCAGCCUACGUUAAUUCCUACGGUAACAUCAUUAUACCACGUAAUUCCACUGUGUCAAAUAACACUCACACUAACUUCCAUUGUGCAGGCUCGUCUCCAUCCGAUUUGACGACACGCAGCGCAACGCCACGAGUACCGAAUACCAACAAGCACAGCAUCGAAGGCAGUAAUCCCAUUUGGCUGAAGGCUUAUGCCAACGAAUGGUUUAAGAAUGACGACGACCUUAGUCAUCCGGGUGUGCUUAAUGGUCCCGAUUCACUGGACGAAAACGUUUUGACCGCAGAAUAUCUUACUCGACCGAGUGGCAAAGAGUUCAAUGGCUUCACAACACAAAAUAACUUGAGUCCGUUCAACGUUUAUCAGCAAAUCGAUAAGCUGACCAAUGAUGCUCAAUUGCUGACUAGAAAAUUAGAAACAACCGAAUUGUAAUAAUGUACUCGUAGCCAAUGGGUACACACGUGUCGU